AUGCCGAUCACGGCUCUUCCCCAGACCACCGUCCGGGCGAUUGGCUCAACAUCUGUAAUAUCGGACCCGUGCUCGGUUGUGAAGGAGCUGUUAGACAAUUCCUUAGAUGCUUCUGCAACAUCUAUAAGCAUUGAGAUAUCUUCGAACGCAAUUGAUGUGAUUCAAGUAAAAGAUAACGGACAUGGAAUCCCUUCCGGUGACCAUGCUUUAGUUUGCAAGCGCACUUUUACUAGCAAGAUCCAAACCGUUGAAGAUCUUUGGACCCUUGGAGGGAAAUCUUUAGGAUUUAGAGGGGAAGCUCUUGCUAGCGCUGCCGAAGUAUCAGAUAGCGUGACUAUCACAACUCGGGUUGAGGAAGAGAUGGUUGGCACCUCCAUCAAGUAUGGAAGGAAUGGGGAACUUAUCAGCUCUCAGCGUGCAUCGCAUCCUGUGGGCACGACAGUCCGUAUAACUAAUCUUUUCAAGCACAUUCCUGUUCGAAGACAAUCUGCUUCAAAGAGUGCCAUGAAGACUUUAACGCGAAUCAAAAAGCUUAUACAGAUAUAUGCUAUGGCACAACCUUCGAAACGACUUUCAUUAAAGGUUCUAAAGGCUAAAAACGAAAACAAUAAUUGGAUCUACGCUCCUGGGCGGGACGCAACUAUCACAGACGCGGCAUUGAAGAUUGCCGGCACUGAUGUCAGUUCCAGUUGCGUCUUGAAGAAAUGGCCUUCUGACGACGAUGUAAACUCCGAGCAGCCCCAAGAGGAGCAUACCUCCGGGUUUGUACUCCUCGCCUUACUACUGAAUCUCGACACCGGUAUUUCGUGUUGUAUUCCUUCCUAUCCCUCGAUACAAUGGCUAACCAUAGCAGACUGCACAAAGGUGAGCAGCGCUGGCCAGUACCUCACUGUCGAUGGCAGGCCCAUAUCCAGCUCUCGAGGCAUAGGACAAGAUAUUUCCAAGUUAUACAAAUAUUAUCUUCGUUCGGCUCUUUCCCGCAGUGAGGACAGUCCGUCCAUAACUGAUCCGUUCCUCUGUUUGCAUGUUCAAUGCCCUCAAGGAAGUUAUGACGUCAAUAUAGAGCCGGCAAAAGAUGAUGUUCUAUUCGAAGAUUCCCAAAGGCUACUUUCACUUGUGGAGGACCUCUUUCAGAGUGUGUACGGCGAAAAUGAGCCUCAACACAAGAAGCGACCGACCUCUACAAAAGGGAAGGGCACUUUGUCUGAUAAAGAUUCAUUUGACCUGCUUUUGACUCGAAGAAGCCCAUCUGAAGACUCGCCAUCUGCGGAUACGAACUCGGGAUCUUAUACGGCUCGCUUUGCUACAGCUCACUCUCUUGCUCAGUCAGCGGGGCCUCCGCCUUCUUCGCACGUUACGAAUGGCCAGUGCUCAGCCUCUUCUCAGACAAGUCAAGUAUCAGGUAUCGACAGCCGCAGAGGGUCUACAGACCGCGAGUUCUUGAACCCUUGGUCUAUAACAAGGUGCAACCCUCCAUUUCGCAAAGCCGGUGAAAGUCAGACCAGAAAUACAACAGACCAUCGGCCGCCCAUAGAUGACCACGUGCACGUAUCUAAAGAGGGACGCAGGGGGUCACAAGAAACGCCGCGACGGUGCUCGGCCGGCUCCUUUUUACCCAGGCCAACCACAUCAACUCCGUCAGCGUCGAGUUCUCCGUCAGAUUUGCGAUGCUUUCAGACGGGCCAGGCGUCUCCCACAAGUCGUGGUUGCGAUGAGGCCACGAGGGCUUCAAGGCAACGAGCCAGGGAAAAGUAUGGUAACGGAGCUCUGGACACCUGGUUCGGGAAGACUACUCAAGUAGCAAUCACCCGGAUAGCUACUGAGGGGUCAUCGGAUGACGAUCAGGAAGAACCUCCUUUGAGUCAACUAGCGCAUGAACGCUUUUGUUCUCAAGAGCAAUCUUCGCCCGAGUCAUCCGAAAUCGCAAGCCGCACAAUGCCCAUUAGGCGAGGCUCCGCUACCAACGCCCUCGAGAGCUCGGCUUUCUCGAGUACUCAACCCCCAAAUCAUAUCUCUAGGGUAUCGCCACAGCGCCCAGCUUCAGAAAUAAGAGAACGGCGUCAAGAAUUUCCUGUUCUUGAACAGUGGUCUUCCAGACUGCAUAGCCUUGCUAAGGACGGCCCAAAAUCAGAUUUGGAGACCGCUCUUGAUUUCGAGCAUCGAAAGAAACAAGCCAUCCAGCAACGACGGGAGAUUAUCAAGGGUCGCUCAAAACCGCCUGCUUCGACUAACUCGCCGCAUUUGAGCAGGUACCUUGCUGCGCGUGCUGCUCUCCGUCCCGAAUCCAACGACUCAACUCAUAACUUGAAUUCACUAACUUCCGCAGAGGUUACGACAAGACCAAUCUUAAACCCUCAUGACCCACGAUCAUACCUCAUACGACAUCAGGACGCAAGCCCACAGGAUGAAGUACCGAGGGAUAACAAGGUUCGGCGUAUUAACACGAACAAAUUACCAUUCGAAAAAAUACCAGAAGGCUAUGAAUUGCACAAUAUAGGAAUCAAUCUAUCUGCUACGCUCCCAGUACUUUCAACAUUAUCAGGAGAAUUAUUUAAGAGCGAUUUAUAUACCCAAUGUGGAGAGCAGUUUGAAGCAUUUUCUGCUUGUGACCUACAAUCUGAUCUCCUUACGCUAUGGACGUCUAGAUUGUCCGCCUUGCUCAAAAGCAAGUACAAGGCCAAAGAGGGAUCUAGUGAUCCUACUCCUCAAUUUGACUUUUCUUCCUUGACCGAGACUAGUGAUGGUCAUAAUUAAUGCAUCUUAUUCAUGUGUUUGUACAUCGAAGCAGCACAACUUGACAACUUUUUAACCUCUUGUCAAGGCGACUUCAAAGCGAGGCGGUGAUGCAUACAUGUGUUUAUCUUCCUGUUUACUUUGGCGCGAGUUCUCGGAUAUUCCAAGAAAGUGGGUGACAUUAAACCAAGAAUACGAUCUGGUCUCAAACUCUGAACA